UGUGUGCGCCUGCAUGCCUGGAAGCAAACCUGAGCAAACAUUGGGCUCCAUGCUGAUGUAUCACAGCUUAGAAGAUGAAUAAACCCAAUUAUCCAGCUGGACACAUAUCAGAUUCACAUGACCCCAGGAAACCUUCAGGGGAGAAAACUACUUUAAGCCUCCACAGUUCCAGGAUUUCUCUCCAUGCAUCUUAUUUCCUCAUUUGCAUCUCCAUACUCCUUUUGCACCAUGCUGCAGUUCUCCUGGGACAUCCCCAGUGCCUGGAUUAUGGUCCUCCUUUCCAGCCUCCUUUCCAUCUGGAGUUUUGCUCUGCCUAUGAAACAUUUGGCUGUUGCGAGCAAGAGAAGGACAACCAUAUUGCUGCCAAAUACUGGAACAUCAUGGAUUAUAUUGAUCCCCAAGCCCAAAAACUUUGUGGAGGAUUCAUCAAAGAUAUUUUGUGCCAGGAAUGCUCACCCUAUGCAGCCCAUCUCUAUGAUGCUGAGAACCCCCAGACGCCCCUUCGAAACCUCCCUGGCCUUUGUUUUGACUACUGCUCAGAAUUCCAUCUCAAUUGCCGGUCGGCAAUCACACUGCUUACAGAUGACAGGCACAUUCAAAAAUGGUGUGAGAAGAACAGGACCCAUUUCUGCAACAUCUUAAACAUUCAGGACAAAGACUAUUGCUUCCCUGAUGUACUGAAGAACACUGAUCUAAAUGAUAACUUGGGUGCUGUGGUGGCAGACAAGAAAGGUUGCCUUCAACUGUGCCUCAAAGAAGUGGCCAAUGGGCUAAGGAAUCCAGUGCUCAUGGUGCAUGCCAAUGACAAUAGCCAUCGAAUGUUUGCAGCUGAACAAGUGGGCCUUGUGUGGGUUUACCUCCCAGAUGGAAGUAGAUUAGAAGAACCUUUUUUAGACAUUAAGCAAUUGGUGCUGACUACCCCCUGGGUUGGGGAUGAGAGGGGCUUCCUUGGGAUGGCUUUCCAUCCCCAAUACAAAGAAAAUGGGAAAUUCUACAUCUAUUACUCCUACCAGGACAAGAAAAAGGUGGAAAAAAUCAGGAUUAGUGAACUGAUGGUCUCCACAUCGGAUGUCAACAAGGCGGAUGUAACCACAGAAAGGAAUCUCUUAGAGAUUGAACAACCAGCUGCAAAUCAUAAUGGCGGAGAGAUCCUGUUUGGGCUAGAUGGUUACUUGUAUCUGUUUACUGGAGAUGGAGGGAAAGCUGGGGACCCUUUUGGUAAAUUUGGAAAUGCUCAAAACAAGAGUAGCUUGUUAGGGAAAGUUUUACGGAUUGAUGUGGAUGGAAGAGGUCCCCAGGGGAAGCCCUACCGCAUUCCCAAUGACAAUCCAUUUUCCUCGGAUCCCAAAGCUCGCCCUGAAGUCUAUGCAUAUGGUGUGAGGAACAUGUGGCGCUGCUCUGUGGAUCGUGGAGAUCCACUCAGUCAGAAGGGAAAGGGACGAAUUUUUUGUGGAGACGUUGGCCAGAACAGAUUUGAAGAAGUGGAUAUAAUUAUUAAAGGAGGGAACUAUGGUUGGAGAGCCAAGGAAGGAUUUGAGUGCUACGACACAAAACUGUGUCAAAAUUCCUCCUUAGAGGAUGUACUUCCAAUAUUUUCUUAUGGACGUUCUGUAGGAAAAUCAGUCACUGGUGGAUAUGUUUAUCGAGGGUGUGAGUCUCCAAACCUCAAUGGCCUUUACAUCUUUGGUGACUUUAUGAGUGGUCGACUUAUGGCUUUGCGGGAAGAUGAGAGAACAAAUACAUGGAAGAAACAAGAUAUUUGCAUUGGUAGCAUGAAAGCCUGUGCUUUUCCAGGGCUCAUUAGUUCCUACAGCAAAUUUAUAAUCUCUUUUGCAGAGGAUGAAGCAGGUGAACUUUAUUUUAUGGCUACAUCUUAUCCAAGUGCCUAUGCACCACGUGGCUGUAUUUACAAAUUUGUGGAUCCAGCAAGGAGAGCUCCACCAGGAAAAUGUAAACAGAAGCCAGUUCCAGUGAAAACAAAGAGCAAGCGGAUCCCAUUUGUUCCAACUGCAAAGACUGUGCCUGAACUGAUCAAAGAGCGCCUUGCAACCCAGUCUUCCAAAACAGUUGUCCGUUCUACAGAAUGUCCCCCGGCUUCUUCUGGGCAGAAACGGAAGAAGCCUGCAUCUCAUAGAAAAUCUUUGACUCAUGGCUCAGCAACUCCUACACGGUCUGGUAAAAAGCCGCCAACAGCACAGCAACCCAAAGGCCGGGGUUCCCAAGCCAAAUUUGGUGGGCGAACACAAAAGGAGAAAGCACCAGUUAUCUCUGGAGCAAGAACUCAGCCCCACCAGAAGAGAAGAUCACAGUUAUCUGGAGCCCUGAAGAAACCGUCACCAUCUCCAAAGCUGAAGUCAGCAGCUAAGGAGAAAACACUGAAGAAAGGAAAGAAGAAAGGUAGGAUCAGUGCAAGAAGUACUGUUUGAACAUCCAAAAUGCUUCCAAGAAUCAAGAGAAGGGAAUCUGGGUGGGAUUGCCAAGUGACUCAUUUUACUUUCAAGAAAGUGAAUCAGACUAGCAUAUAGAUUUUAUACAAAACAUUUUAAACCUGAAUCUACACAGCUUUUCAGCUACUGACCACGCCAGAUAUGCUACAUACAUUUAAACGCUUAAUUGUUUAAAUGUUUACAACUGGGAGUUUAACCAUCCCAGAUGUUUUCCAGUUUACUGCUCUGGACAGGUCUUUCUCUGAGAAUAGCUUAAUGAAUUUGAGCAGGCACUCUAGUGAGCACUUACUACAGUCCACCAAAAAUAUAACUGUAUCAUGAGAGAAUGGAUUUGCUCCCUUUUUCUGAAAAAAAACAGACCCUUGAUGACUUCCUUGGAAAAAGCAUCCCUAAGAAUACAGGGAGCUGCAGUUUAAGAGCUCGUUUUUGGCAAAGGAGGAAGGGCUGAGCAAAUGAGGAAAGCUGGUUGUAUCUCAAGAAUGAAAUCUUCUGAUUUUUCUCCUAAAAUGUUUGCAUUUUUACAACAGAAAUCAAAAUGACCAAAUGCUACUCAAUCUUUUAAAUUUCAAUGAUGCCAACCCAAAAAUUGAAUUUUUAAAAUGAGCGAUAGCAUACAGUCCAAGAGUUUUUAAAAGGUUUUUUCUCUCUCUCUUUGUAUUCUAUUAAAUACAGACUGAACAACAACAACAAAAAAAGGAAGUGUUUGUGGUUUCUGUGAGACUAUUGCAAGAAUAUAGAUGUUAAUCAGAGGAAAUUUUAUACAUCAAAAUCUUCUCCAUCUCUAAAAUGCAUGUCCCUGUUGGUUUCCAUAGUUACAAUGCUCUGGAUUUCAUCUCUCUCACCUUCUCCAUGCUGGUGCCUCUCAGAUGUGUUAUAGCAAAACUCCCCCAAUCUUGGUUACAUUGCUAAUAUAUGGGAAUCACAACACAACAUCCAUGGAGGAGACUUUGCUUUGAGAAGGCAGAUUGCUUCUAUAUGCUAAUAGAGAAUUCCCUGU